AUGUACGGCGCGCCCAUCUUCGCCGACGACCUGGUGGCGGACAAGCCUACCCGGCGCCUUUUGGGCCGGUUGCACAGGUUGUCCGCCAUCAGGAUCGUGAGGGGAUACCGCACCCUCUCGGACGAGGAGUUGGCCUCCCACCGCGUCGUUGGGGCUGUCUUGCCGAGCUGGGAGGCUUGGCGGGACAGCGGUGGAGUGCCUCUCACCUUCCGCGUGACACAGGUGCUGUCCGGGCAUGGCUGCUUCGGGGAGUACCUGUGCCGCAUCAAGCGGGAGCGUGAUGCCCGAUGCUGGCACUGUGACGGGGACCGGGACACGGCGCAGCACACGCUGGAAUUUUGUCCAGCGUGGGCUUCCGAGCGCCGGAUCCUGGUCCGCGCCAUAGGGGGGGACCUCUCUCCAGCAGCGCUCAUUAGGGCCCUGCUGGGGGGAGGUCAAAAAUGGGAGGCCGUCGCCUCCUUCUGUGAGCAUGUUAUGCGGCAGAAGGAGGCGGCGGAGACGGAAAGGGAGCGGGACUCCCAUCCGUCUCGAUUGG